AUGUUUAGGUUUAAUCGAUACAAUCAUAUUUUCCCGGAUGGCUUGAAAGAAUCUUAUAAAGAAAAGAAAGAUGAGAUUUCCAAAGGAAAAAAAAUCCUAGGCAUUUGCAAAAAAAAACUUAGGGAAUUUGACGACUUUGAGGAGUCUGAAAUUCCUGAAUUAAGAAAAUUUUUGUUGAUAUCUCGUACUUUGUGUCUUACCGACUUGAAAAUAGAUAACCUAAAUUCAGAGAAAAGCAUUCUCGAAUCGUAUGGCGCCAAUGAUGGGCCAGAAAAAUAUGAAACGAAACAAGAAGAUAACGAAUUAGAUUUAGAUUUUAGUAUGGAUUCAUAUAUAUUCAAAUAUGGGAUCAUAUCUGGAAUUAAUAUUGAUGAUAUCCCGGAUGGAAAUUCUGAUGACUCAUGCUGCAUCAAAUCCGGUUAUAAAUCUCCCAAAACUGAUCAUGAAAGUGGCAAUGAUAGUCUAAUUGCAACCGUCUCAUUUGAGGCUUCGCAGGAACUUUAUGUCAAUGAUAAUGCUAUAGAAUAUGAUGAAAAGGCGGUCUUUGAUUAUAAUGAUCACUAUUAUGAAAGGAAGCCUUCAGUCGCUGUUUCAUUUGCACCCGAAGACAGCCACGAUAUAUUAGUCCCAAGUCAAUUGGGCAAGCGCGAUCGGGGCUUUGAUAAACAAAAUGCUUUGGAUGUGGCAAGUCAAGCAGUUUGCAAGAAAGUUAAGCCAUCUAAAGCUCAACAUUUGAUUUGA